CGUGACUUGAGUUUUUUUCUGACCAAUCAGAAACCGCUUUGCUGUGGGGUGGAUGAAGGUUGUACGCAUGCGCUCAUGCAGCGGUGUGUGACGUGAAAAAGAGAGACACACAGAAAUGGAUCCACAGAAAGAUGCGCCACCGCCCAAACAGCAGCCUAUGAUCUACAUAUGUGGAGAAUGUCACACUGAAAAUGAAAUUAAGGCCCGUGAUCCUAUCCGAUGCAGAGAAUGUGGUUACAGGAUCAUGUACAAGAAGAGGACAAAGAGACUGGUUGUCUUUGAUGCCCGAUGAAGACGAGGAAAGCAGCCAUUUGGAUUUUUUUUUGUGUGUGUACUAUUUUUGUAGUGUACGGCCAUGUAAAUAAAUAAAUUGAAAACUCCAAAUGUUUUGAAGUUCAGGUCUGACUACAGAUUUCUGAUUUAUGGUUAAAACUGGUUGGUUGAUUAAAAAACUAAUUUUCACUUGUUGUGAUUGUGUUUUGAUUCCAUGAUUCAUCACUAUAAGUUCACCCACAUAUUCUUAAUACCCUCAAGAACACACCAAGUAUCAACUUUUAUUGAUGACAUUUAUAUGGAUGGAAGAAUAUGUACAAUGAUGGAAUAAAUGUUUUUAAACAGCCAA